GACUGCAAGCGGCCGCUGCCGCAGCGACAAGCGCAUCAAGCGUAAUCGUGCGCGGCACGGUCGAGGAACGAUCCACAUCGAGCACCGGAAGCAGUGGCAGCGGUCUGGGUGGAGUGGUCAGUAAGGGUGCGAUGAAGGAGUUUCCACCGUCGAUGAAUAAAGCAACGAUUGGUCUUGGCGGUGGCGGCGCUACGGCACCGAGUUUGUUCAACACUCAAGGACUGAUCGGUAUAAAUCGUCCACAGGUGGACUCAACACUGGCUGCUGCGUCACGACGAUUGGCGGCUCAUGGAGCACAGCAGAGUGCUUCUGCUGCCGGUGGCGGUGCCGGAUCUACGUCGGCGUCUUCAUCAGCACAACUGCUCCAUCAGCAGCAACAGCAUCAUCAGCAACAUCAACAACAGCAAGAGUCACUAGGAGCGUUUGGUGGUGCA